CGUUUGAAAGGGUACAAGGUGAAACUAGACAAGGGUCUAAGCUCUUAUGAUGUCGAGAAGAGGCGAGAGAGGUAUGGUUGGAAUGAGCUUAAGAAAGAAAAUUUGGUGAUAAAGUUCCGGUUGACAGCUUUCUACAUGCAGUUAGUUGCUUUUGCCAAGUUAGCCNAGAAGAGGCGAGAGAGGUAUGGUUGGAAUGAGCUUAAGAAAGAAAAUUUGGUGAUAAAGUUCCGGUUGACAGCUUUCUACAUGCAGUCAGUUGCUUUUGCCAAGUUAGCCAUGCACCAAGAUGCUGCUGACAUGUUGAAUGAGGCUGCUGGACUUGAAGAGAAGAAGCAAAAAGCUAUGUCAUUGUUCAUGUUUCUGUUCAUGUAUGCUGGUUUUUCGGAGUAA